AUGGCGGAAUCCCGGAACCAAGAUCCGCGAGGUUAGGAAAUCCUGUCUUCUCCUUUCUAGAAAUGUGCUUGAUUGGACAGUCCUCAUGCACGUGUCCCUGAUUGGAUAGAGCUUGAGACCCCGCCUUCUUAUACCCUGAGUGAGAGGGAAUGGGUAACCUUCAGCUGAAUGAGGCCAAAAUAACGUUCUUUGCUGGAUCUUUCCAUUCCCCCUACUAUGCAGGGGAUGGUGUCCUUCAAGUACGUGUCUGUGGACUUCACUUGGGAGGAGUGGCAGGACCUGGAGGAGGCUCAGAGGACCUUCUAUAGGGAUGUGAUGCUGGAGACCUACAGCAGCCUGGUGUCCUUGGGGCACUGCGUUGCAAAACCUGAGGUGAUCUUCAAGCUGGAGCAAGGUGCUGGGCCGUGGACAGUAGGCGAAGCCCCGCACCAGUGCCUCCCAGGUGGGUGUAGAGGAGCCCUGGAAUGUACAUCAACAGUCAUCACAGAGGAAAGAGGGCCAAGACUAACUACAGAGGCUGGACAGAGGAGGACCCAGGAGGGUUUCCCUGAGGAUGGCCCACAGGAAGCAAGUGUGAGGGCUGAGGGAGGAAGAAGGUGGUGCCCUGGGAAGUGGAGGUGGGAUCGAAGAGUCUGAGGAGAUAUCACUGAACACCUUUUGCUUCAUUGUGAUCCACAUUUCUUUGUUUCCUUUUUGAGCACAGGGAGGGCAAAAGGUUCUCCUGACAUCUGGUUUCAGCUGGUACCUGCUCUCCCUCCAAAGAGAACCUGAGGGCUGUCUCAGCUCACGGAGAAUCCCUGUCCUCUCUGCCACUUUCUAGAAGCCACAGACUUGUUAGAUGGUCUGUGUCUACUUAGGAAAAAUUAAUAAACUGGUAAACUUCUGCUCAACCAGUUCAGUGGAUAAAAAGACAAGUUACAGCUGGGCGUGGUGAUGCUUGCCUGUAAUCCCAGUGGCUCUGAAAACUGAGACAGGAGGAUCAUGAGUUCAAAGCCAGCCUCAGCAAGUUAGUGAGACACUAAGAAAUUUAUUGAGACCCUGUUUCAAAAUAAAAUACUAAAAAAGGAGGCUUGGAAUAUGGCUAGUGGUUAAGUGCCCCUGGGUUCCAUCCCCAAUACCAAAAAUAAAUAAAUAAAUAAAUAAAUAUAUAAAAUAAAUAAAAAUAAAAAGACAAGUUAGAGAAUGAGAGAAAAUGCAAGCAAGUGGCCAUGCCUGUCUUCCCAGCUACUCAGGAGGCUAAGACAGGAGGAUCACCUCAGCCUCAGCUCUUAGUGAGACUCCCCGUCUCAAAAAAAUAAUAAUAAUAAAUAUAAAGGACUGGGAUGUAGAUCAGUGAUAAAGUGCCCCAGGUUUAAUCCACAGUAUCUCCACAUUAAAAAGAAAGAAAAAGAAAAUGCAAACCACACUUUGAGCAAAGGACUACUACCUUGAGUGUUUAAGGUAUUCUUAAAACUCUACAAUGAUGAAAACAGACAGUCCUUUCAGAGAAUGGCAAAAGAAUUGAGAAGACUUGAUUAAAGAGAAUAUAAUAUAAAGGGAGGUCAUUCAACAUCCUGGGGAUUCCUGAACUAAGAUGAGUGAGCAAAUGGUCAAGCCAAGAGACUAGUGCAUCCAAGGCCCAGGACAACACUUAGCAAAGAAAAAUAAAUUGUCAACACACAGGAGUGUCGCGACCCCUUGCCCGCAAGGAAGACGCAACUCGGGAAUCUUCUUUCAACAGUUUAUUCAGGCCCUGGAUAUUUCUUCUUCUCUCUCCCGGAUGCCCCUCCCAGCCUUAAUAAAGCAUCCCAAGCCCCAAUGCAAAGCUGCCGCGUGGAGCUUUCUCACAGGGUGGUGUACAGGGUGGUGAAAAAUCAUGUGCCAACUCUCCCAGAUAAGGAGUUGUUUGUCACAGACCACAGCGGAGCCAGCGUCAUCUUGUAAUGGCGACCAUAAUCUGCAGAAACGGCAGAAGCAGCUCACCACACAGGAGUUUGGAUGAUUCCUCAGAAAUUCACACUAAAAAAUACAAAAGCUUACACACUGCCUGAGUCUAGUCAAGCAACACCGGUGAGAUGAUCAGAUGAUACAGCGGAGGGCAGCAUCAAGGCUGUCAGCGGUUAAGGAUGUGGCAAGGCUGGUGAGGGGCAAAGGUGACAACAAGAGGAAGACAGGAGUGGCCCUCAGCACUGGAGGCCUUCUGCAUCCUGACUGCAGCUGUGAGCACCUGAUGAGGCCACAACACAGGGUUUCAAGAGGUCAACAGGGAAGGCUGGGUAAAGGGCACAGAGGUCUCUCAUCGCCAUUUCUAACUUGGUGUGUAACUGAAAUUACCUCAAUAUAAAACAUUUGAUUCUUUUGAAGAGCUCAGGCUUCAGGACAAAGCUAGAUGACUAUGCAAGUCACUUCCCUGCUCAUGGGGUGAAAAGGAUUGAAUUAGUAAGAGCUGAAUGGUCCAAGAACAGAGCUUAGUGCAGAGGAGAGCUCCCAGGUGGCUGUCAGAGAUGGGUCUUCUUAGGGUGCUCUCUUUUUUUGAACUCUUAAAAAAAUCAUUUUAAUGAUCCUCUACCAUACAAAAUUUAUUCAAAUUACAUCUAUUUGAAGUGGUAAGAUCACAGCUAGAGAACAGGUCACCCGUAUUGAAUCUAUUUACAAAAUCCAUCAUAAAAGCUUUUGUGUUGUUGGUGUUUUCUUUUUAACAUUAUAUUACAUGUUUUCUUUUGUAAACUAGUGUAGAACACAAAGCUAAACUGAUUGUAAUUUGCCUACUCCAAGUCUUGGGAGAAAUACUUCCUUUUUUACAAAAUGGCAUACCCCAUAUGAAGAAACCCCCUCACCCUGACACAUACCACCUGACCUGCUCCGUACGGCCCCUUCCUCCAGAUGCUCUGCACCCCCUCUUGGCCCUGGCAUGCAGAGUUCUUCCUUCCUCUUUCCCAAAAGCUAAAGCUUUAAACACUACAAUUCUAUUUAUAGAUCCACACAUAUGAAAACAAGAACCACAUGAAAUACAAAAACAAGGUGACAUUCUUAAAAAAACUACAAACCAGCUAGGAAAUAUUCUGGUAGGGUUUACAAAUUAAUUACUAUUUUUGUACAAAAUUGCUAAAUAAUGAAAAGGUGAGUCAAUUACAUGUCCACUUAAGUAAAGCGAUUGCUAUACAUAACUCUGUACAUAUGAACACACGCCUAACACUGUUUGACAGCUCAUGUGUUGGCUGCUGUACACUCUUAUUUUCUAAGGCUCAUGCAGUCAUAAUCCACACUUGUAACUCUUAGCCAAUUUUUUAAUUAAUUAAUUUAUUUCAAUUAGGUAUAUAUGGCAGAAGAAUGCAUUUUGAUUCAUUGUACACAAUUACAGUACAACUUUUUAUUUCUCUGGUUGUACAUGAUGUAGCAUCAUACCAUAUAUACAGUCAUACAUGUACCUAGGGUAAUGAUGUCCACUCAUUCCACCAUUUUUUUCUGCCCCCAUGCACCCUCACCACCUUCCCUCCCCUUUGCCCAAUCACAGUUCCUCCAUUUUUCUCAUGCCUCCCCUGACCCCAUUAUGGAUCAGCAUUCAUUUAUUAGAGAGAACAUUCAGCCUUUGGUUUUUUGAGAUUGGCUUACUUUGCUUAGCAUGAUAUUCUCCAACUCCAUCCGUUAACCUGCAAAUGCCAUAAUUUUAUUCUCUUUGAAUGUUGAGAAUGUUCCAUUGUGUAUGCAUACCACAGUUUCUUUAUCCAUUCAUCUAUUGAGGGGCAUCUAAUUUGCUUCCACAGUUUAGUUAUUGUGAAUUGAGCUGCUAUGAACAUUGAUGUGGCUGUAAUAGUAUGCUGAUUUUAAGUUCUUUGAGUACAGACCAAGGAGUGGGAUAGCUGGGUCAAAUGGUGUCUAUGAUAUUUUGACUUUUACUGACAUGUAUACUCAAUUAAUUUAGUAUGAUGACCAUACUAAAUUUUAUACUUAAUAGACAUGGACAUUCAUGUUUUAUUCCUUACUUAUGAAAACACAUUAUAUCUCCAAUACUUAAAUUUUUUCUCUACUAUCAAGUUGUAUUUACACAUUUUUAAAAUUUUUUUUUCGUUGUUGAUGGACUUUUAUAAUCACUUAUUUGUAAGUGGUGCUGAGAAUCUAACCCAGUGCCUCACACAUGCUAGGCAAGCAUGCUACUGCUGAGCCACAACCCCAGCCCUUGUAUUAACACAUUUUUUAGCACCAAUUGAUUUCCACAUGCUUCAUGAUGGACAAUUAUCUUUGUUAUAUCAGGUUGUAGUGGCACACCCUUUCUCCAUAGAAAAGUCUUAACUGGGCUUCUCCAGAAAUCUUCACCAUGGCUGAUUUUAGGACUGUCAGGAAAAGAGUCUCUUUAAAGGGUUUAAUGUAGGUAAACUUCCAAUUUUCGUUUUGCCCUGUUUUACUUGCCACUGGCUGGGAAGAAAUAUAGAGAAGAAGCUCUCCCCUUCUCAGGUGUUGUUCUUGAAACUUGCACAAAUAGUGAAAGAAAGGAAAAAACUGCUUUUAUGUGAACUUCUGCAGACUGUAAACUUCUGAGCCCCUCCCCUUAUAUGCUGGGUAUAAAAUUCUAAAACUACCUAAACUUGGGGUUCAGGGGAGUGAUUGAUUACAGCAGCAGCUGUGCCCUCUGAACCUGGCUGCAGCUAAAUAAAACUGUUUCAUGCUA